AUGGACUACGACGCGCAGCCGCACCUGAGCGGGCUCGCCAGGAGGGGCGAUAUGGAAGGGCUGCAGAGGGCGGUGGACACAGGCAGACGCAUGGAUGCUUGCAACAAGUUCGGCGAGUCUGUCGUGCACGUCGCCUGCCGCCGCGGCAACCUGCCCCUCCUACUCUUCCUGGUGGCCAACGGCGGCUCCCUGACGGCCUGCGACGACCUGGGCCGCUUCCCGCUGCACGAGAGAGGCUGCAGCCCGCUGCGCUAUGUGAAGGAGGAGUCGUGGCCUGCUUGGCGGCAGUUCCUGGAUGAGGUGGUCGACGAGUUCUGGCCGUCCCUCGUUUGAGCACGCACGCACGCAGCAAACGAAAUAGCUGUACAGCUGCUGUAUUGUAGUGCCAUUUCGUACAGGGUACAUCGAUAUACAUAGGGUUAACGGGGCUGCGCCACCUGCGGGAUUGGUGCUACGGGGCACGGUGUUCCCCGGGAAGGAAAGUAGCGCACGGGGGGAGGGGUUCAGAGGCCGAACCGCCGCCGUUGCGAAAAAACACGCAACAACGACCUCCCAGGUGCUUGGCGGGAACAAUUUCCAGGUGCUGGGAGGUUGGGGCGCGGUAGGGCUCCUUGAGGCAGGGGUUGGGGGGGCCAGGGGGGGCGGGGGGGGGGGCGGGGAGAGUGGUGUGAAACUGACCAAGAAGUACGUUUUUUUUUGUCUCUACUCUGUCUACUUGUGACUGCUGUGUCCACUUGACCUUUGUCUGCUUGACCCUCUUCUCUGUAUUAAGCGUCGUGUUACUUUCUUCCUAUUGUGUUGGCGAGGCCGUCUUCUCUUUUUGUGUGUGUAUAGCCGAGCCUGUUCGCGCGGUAUCUAGCGGAUUGUUUUGGUGUCACCUACUGUUCUGUGAAAGCAAUGCCAGUUCUAUCGGCUGCAUCGCGCGCUACGUUGUUGCGUCGCUCGAUUUUUUUAGGUUGUUCACUUUUGCUGUGUGCACGAUAGUGAUUGUGGGUAGAAGCUGGUCCCGGUUGUGUGUGGUCUCUGGUGAGUGUGUUUUGCGUUUGUUUGGCUUUUUGCUGUCUCAUAGUCAGUAUGUCGUCGGAAGGGUAGUGACGUCAACCACACAAACACACGGUUGAACGAUAUAUAUCUCUAGUCCGCAUUCUGGUGCACCAAAAAAGGUAGCACGCUGCUGUUGUACUGCGCUUGUUUGAAGAGUGUGAUGGUCUCACUCUUUGAUUUACUUUCUUCUACAUUGUGGUGUUUUAAAAUUGUGGUGGUGACGUGUACCCGCGGGGACGGACCCGUAGCACCGUUCCCGGGAUUGUGGUACCUUUUAUUGGUUCGUUUUCUUGUCGCGGGAACCCGUGGGGGCGUUCCCCGGGAUUUGGUACCUUACAAUUGGUUCGUUUGUUCUUUUUCUUAAUAGGUCGUUUUUCUUUCUAAUAGCUGGCUGGGCGCUUUGCGUGCCCAGUCACGUUCGGAGAAGGGCUGCUACCCCACAAGGGGGGCGUGUCGUUGUCAUCGUCGUGUAAUGUUGCGUUUUUUUUAUGACGUGACGUGCUUUUUUUCCUCGCAGAGGAGGGGGCUGUUGAUCGGUGUGUGUGUGUGUUGUUGUGUCCGUCCCAUCUAUAUAUUCUGGAGCCAGGUCUACGGACACCUUUCGGCACAUGUAUCUGACGUACGUACAUAUCACCCCCCGGGUCACAUACACCCGGGAGGAAGGUAGCAAGUCCAGGAGGGACUUUUUUUUUUCGUUUUCAGUAGGAGCUGUUUAGAAGGAGCGGUGAUGCAGCAUGCAGACACCGACGAAUUGAAGGGGUCAUGAAGAGUUGAGAAACGGAACAGAAUCGUGAGCUCACAAGCACGAAUACAUGAGGAUCACGCCAAAAGCAUUCGAUU